CGCUGUACACAGUUGAUCGGCGAGCCGCUCUGUUGUGAGCCAAGGAAGAGUAAGAGUCUUCGGAUACCCCACCUGAGAGAGCUCAGUGCAUCCCGGCCAGCUCUUAGUGCGGAGUGGUGAGCAGUGUGUGCUUCCUUUCACCUGGAAAUCAUGCAGAGAGCUUCACGUCUGAAGAGAGAGCUGCACAUGUUGGCCACAGAGCCACCCCCGGGCAUCACAUGUUGGCAAGAAAAGGACCAGAUGGAUGAUCUGCGUGCUCAAAUAUUAGGUGGAACCAACACACCUUAUGAGAAAGGGGUUUUUAAGCUGGAAGUUAUCGUUCCUGAGAGGUACCCAUUUGAACCACCUCAGAUCCGAUUUUUGACUCCAAUCUAUCAUCCGAACAUUGAUUCUGCUGGAAGGAUUUGUCUAGAUAUUCUCAAAUUGCCACCAAAAGGUGCCUGGAGACCAUCCCUCAACAUCGCAACCGUGUUGACCUCCAUUCAGCUGCUCAUGGCCGAACCCAACCCUGACGACCCACUCAUGGCUGACAUAUCCUCAGAAUUUAAAUAUAAUAAGCCAGUCUUCCUCAAGAAUGCCAGGCAAUGGACAGAGAAGCAUGCAAGACAGAAGCAAAUGGCUGGUGAAGAAGAGGUGCUUGAUAACCUGCCAGAGGCAGGUGACUCUGACGACCACAAUUCAGCACACAAAAGGAAAGCCAGGCAGCUCGGAGGCGCAGAGAAGAAGUUUCACCCUGAUGUUUAGUCUUGGUCCAUCUUAGUUACUAAAUUCUUUGCCACAGUGGUCUAAUGUGCCUACCUUUCUUGAAUGUUUUUCUUUGUGUUUGAUGACAUAAUUUUUGUACUAUAAAAGACUUUGUAUAUUUGUGUAUUCUGUUCUACAGUGAUUCUCUGAGUGUAGUUUAUUUAUCUUGUACGUAACCUAUUUUGAAACCUUUUA